UUCACCUCAGACAUCCGCCACAUCGGUGGGUCACGCGAUGACUUGGCUAACACAUUGUCCAGACCUUCCAUCGCCCAUCUGCAACUGACUCCCGGGAUCGACCUGACUGUCAUAGCGGCCGAAAAACGCCGUGUUGGUUCACUCUGUGACGAGGACGUUUCCGGAAUCCAACUGCAGGAAAUACCACUGACUACUGGCAACGGCACCAUCCUGUGUGACGUCUCCACUGCCUCCCAUCGUCCAUUCGCACCACCAUCCCUUCGCCGCACAGUUUUCUCCUCCCCGCACAACCUAUCUCACCUUGGGAGUCGAGCAACCGACAAGUAG